AUGGACACGUUUCUGACAGGCAUCCUGUCCUAUGAAAAAAUUAUGGGUGUGUUUUCUUACGAAAGCUCUGAGGUUGAUUGGUGUGAGGACAACUACAAGCACUCGGAGAAUGUGGUCGAGUACUUCAACACGAUGAGUAGUUUUAUCUUUUUCAUGGUGGCCCCCGUGAUGCUCUACCUGCUGCACCCGUAUGCCAGGGAGCGAAACCUGGCUGUUCACCUGGUCUGGUUCAUGAUGAUCUUUGUGGGUCUCUUCUCCAUAUACUUCCACAUGACUCUGAGCUUCAUGGGUCAGAUGCUGGACGAACUCUCCAUCAUGUGGGUCUUGUCCAUUGGCUACUCGCUCUGGUUUCCGCGCAAACACUUCCCUUAUUUUGUUAAAGACAGGACCUCGUUCUCUCGCAUGGUGCUGGUCAUCACCGUCAUAACCACACUGUCAUCUUUUGUCAAACCAACGGCCAAUGCCUACGCCCUCAACUUCUUCGCCCUGCACAUCCUCUACUCUGUCAUAGUGGAACUAAAGAGAUGUACGGACCAGAGGGUGCUGCGCUUGGCGCGAGCCUUUAUCGGCCUGUGGGUGCUCGCCAUCGUCUGCUGGCUCAGCGACCGCUUCGGCUGCAGCUUCUGGCAAAAGCUGAACUUCUGCUACCUUCAUGGCAUCUGGCACAUCCUGAUCGUCGUGGCUACGGCGUACGGCAGCACGCUGAUCGCCUACCUGGACGCCAGCCUGGAGAUUCCCUACACGCUCCCCGAAGUGCAGUACUGGCCUCGCGAUUACUGGCCUUUCGGUCUGCCGUACAUCGCUCUCAAGACGUCGAGCAAGAGCCAGAAACAGUGCUAG